GGAUCAACCAUAGAACUUUUGUACUCUGUGGAGAGCAAUGACUGAUGUUUUCAAAAUUUACAGGCAAUUUUAAGAGAUAUAACAAAUGGUUUAGGGUACCUUUUCUUAGUAGUCUAUUCAAACUUUUUUUGUGACAAGACAGUACACGAUUGUCAGACAAAUUGAUAAGAAGUGGCGUGGAGCGUGGAGAAUUGGAUGUAGAUAACAAAAUUCCAGCGAAUUAAACGAAGACAACAUUUAGAUAACAAAAUAUAAAAAAUAAUUUUGAUAUAACUAACAGAAAGGCAUUUUAAAGAAUCACAAUGUUGUGUAGCGCGCGUGAUGAGUAGUCGUCGUAGUGUGAGUGGAGGUGCCGGCGGUGGCAGUGGCGGCGGCGGUCGCGACUGGCUGCCGGCGGCGGCCGCAGCGGCAGUGGCGGUGGGCGCGCUGGCUCUCAUAUACAAGUACUUCUUCACCGGCGACGGCUGCCGGAAACUCAACCAGCAGCAAGGCGCCCCGUUCGGCUGCACGUGCGGAAAACCGCGCACUCCUCCUUGUUUACUUCAUGUCAAAAAUGGGGAAUAGUGACAUAGACAGAAAUGAAAAAAGAAGAAUUGAGACAAUGUCAACGGAAGACGUAAAAACACAACAAAUGAUCACGGAAUUUAUUUAUUGUAAAAAAAUGAAAAUGUUAACAUAAAAAGGAAUAAAUAUUAGGAAUAAAACCAAAUCAAAACCGGCAAAAAUGCAAAAUUUACCUAUGAUACCAUAAAACAUCAUUUGGAGCUAUGUGUGAUUGCGCAGAAGAGCAGGAGCGGCGCUUACAGGCAGAAAGGGAGCGCGAGGCAGAAGAAACCGCUGCAGCCCAAGAAAAUGCUGCAGCCCAAGAAAGAGCUGUAGACCAAGAAAGAGCUGCCCAAGCGGCUUCAGCUGGCCAACGACGCCAGCCACGGCGGCGUGCAGCGGACGUGCUUCGAAGUGCUGCGAACGGGCCUCGCAGAUCUGUUGAAGCGCCUCGGAAUUCUGAGGACGCGCGUCGGAGUUCUGCGGACGCGCCUCGAAACUCCGCUCCACGUUCGAUGGUUUAUAAACGUGCUCCCAAAGUUACAAAACAAGGAGCCACUAGCGUCCCUUCAACCGGGGGUCCAGUGGCCAUGAGGCAUAGUGCAGACACCUCGAGACCUUCUUUAACUGUAAGGCGACCUUCGACCGCUAACCAGCCCAGCAUUCCCGGUUGGGGCUCAGUGGUCGGAGCGACAUUGUUAAUGGCGCUUCUCGGUUUCCUCGCGAAGACCGGCUCUGAUCCAAAAGGGUGGGCUCGACCGUUGCACUGCUGUCUGUGCCACAUAGGAGAGAGUAUUGCAUCUUACUGCAAUGUCGUCAGAGCUACAUCGUAUGAGGACGAUGGAUGGAUGGAGGACGACGAAUGCGAGUUGAAGGAAGAUGAAUAUGGAGUAAUUCUAGAUGAUGAUGAUGAUGAAGAAGAGGAAGAAGUGGAAGAAGAGGAAGAAGAUGAGGAAGAGUGCGACGCGCGGAAUAACGGUCCGAAUAAAGUGAGUCAUUUGUCACAUUAAAAUUCGGUGUAACGGUUUAUGAUAGAAGGAAUCCUUUGAUUAUAAUAGUCAAGAAAUGAAUCAUAGAAAUACUAGUCUUCUUUCUGAGCUAUUCUAAAGGAUUUGAGAAUUGAGGGUAACGUCCGUCCGCAGCAGCGGCCUAUGAAGCGCCAGAAAUGAACUUUUUUUGAAAGAAUAUGUUAGGCAAACUUGACUAAAUAAUGUAGAAAGUAUUAUUAAUUGGAAUUAAAAAUGAUCAAGUACCUAAUUAUUAAUUUGUUAAACAAUGGUGUCGAUACUGUCAUGAUUCUCUAAACCUAAACUUAAAGGAGAUUGCUCAGCUUCCAU